AUGAACCAAUCAUCAUCACAAAGCAAUAAACAAGUGCAACAACCAGUUUUUCAUGGAUACAAUUCAACACAUCUUUGGUCAAUGCGUUUAGCUGAUGAAAAUUAUUUCCGUUUAGCACAUAUUUUACCAUGUCGUAUUAUCGAAUAUGUUCGUGAAAACAAAAUUGAGAAAAUUGAUUCAUGUGAUUAUUCAUCAAAAAAUGAAUUUUCAAUACAGAAUACAUUGUGGGCACAAAAAUGGUUUUACGAACAUCAGCAUCCUAUCAAUUGUACGAAUAAACGAUUUGCUAUUAUUCAAAAUUAUGCUUGGUCUGGCUUUGGGUCAACUGUUCAUCAAAUUGCAUGGGCAUUUGGUAGGGCAAUAGCAGAUAAUAGAAUUGCCGUAUAUCAAAUUCCAGGAAAUUGGCUUUAUGGGAAUUGUAACUCAAGCACACCAGAUUGUUUUUUUCUUCCUAUCACUAACUGUUCAAUUCCGUCCAAAGUUGAUGGUAAUCAAACAAUUACAAUUGAUGCUAAUGUUGGUCAUUGGUCUAAUCCUAUUAUUCCAUCUGUAUUUCAAAAUCGAACUUUUAAUUGGUAUCGUGUACAAAUGGUGUUUUAUUUAAUGCGAUAUAAACCUGAAACAUUGGCUCAUGUACAGUAUACCAUAUCAAAACAAUUUAACCUAUCAUCAAUCGAUUUUUAUCAUCCUUAUAUUGCUGUAUAUGUGCGUCGAUCAGAUAAAGCUACAACUAAAGAAAUGUCUCAAGUAUAUACACUUAAACAAUAUUUUGAUUUAUUUGAUGGUAAUGCUCGACAAGCGAAUAUAUCAACGAUUUAUAUUAAUUCUGAGGAUGAAAAAGUACUCAAUGAAUUUGUUGAAAUCAAUAAAGAAAAACAAGGUUAUUAUAAAUUACUAAAUCUAACACUACAAAAAAAUAUUGUUUUUGGGUCAUUAACUCGUAUGACAAGCGAACAACGUGGAAAAGUAAUAUUAGAUUUUCUUACUGAUUUAUUUAUUGAAACUAAUGCAGAUUUACAUGUUGGUACAUUAACAUCAAAUUGGUGUCGAUUAGUUGAUGAAAUGCGACUUGCGUUAGGAAAAUUAAUACCUUUCUAUACACCUGAAAAUAUAUAUAAGAUCGAUUGGAAACGGUGA